AGGGGUGGGGGGGGGAGUGUCUCAGUGAACGGGAGUCACAACUCUGGUGUGUGAUCGUCUGAGUGUGAGGGUAAAACAGGGGGAGAGAGCAGACGGCUGCUGCUACUUGUGCCGUCCGCUUGAAGCCGCGGUGACGCUCGCCACAUCCGAAGCCCUCUCCCGUCCGACUCAGCUGGAGCUUUCCGUCGCUCUGAGCUGCCCCUGGCUCUGAGUGCGCGAGUCUGUGAAUGGGAUGCCACGAAGAGAUGCGUGCUGAGGAGUGACUGAUGAGAAGCAGCGCUCCAGCGUGGAUGGUGACCCCCCUGUGUUUGUGCCACCCACUACUCGGGGAGAUUUAGGCGCCUGGCGUUUCCACAACGACUAUAAUGGGCUGCAAUCUGUGCACUUUACAGAAGCGAGAGGAACACUACAAGCUGCUGUAUGAGAUCGCACAGGUGAAUGGGAAGGAGUUGUCCAAAUCCAACCAUGAUGAGACUGUGGAGGCCUUUCGAGCUGCCAGAGACCCCGUCGUGGUGCAGGUCAUCAGGCGUACCACCAGUGGCCGCCCUCACGGCCCCCCUCAGGAAAUCCAUGUGGUGGACGUGUGCACUCAGACCGACAUCACCUUUGAACACAUCAUGGCGCUGGCAAAGCUCGAGCCUUCGACCCCUCCUGUGCCUGACGUCUGUCCCUUCCUGCUCUCCGAUAGCUGUCAUUCCCUUCAUACAAUGGACCAGGAUUACUAUGAAGGUACUGACUACCUCUCCCCUGUCCCAGCUGAUGGAGAGAGAACAGAGGAGUUUGAAUAUGAGGAAGUGGAACUUUGUCGUCUAAGCAGUCAAGAAAAACUAGGUCUCACCCUGUGCUACAGGACAGAUGAAGAAGAGGAUGUGGCCAUUUAUGUCAGUGAGGUCAGUCCGAACAGCAUUGCUGCCAGAGACGGCAGGAUCCGAGAAGGGGAUCGUAUCUUACAGAUUAACGGCCAGGAUGUACAAGACAGAGAAGAAGCAAUGGCUGCUCUCUCCAGUGAUGACUUCAGGAACAUCAAUACUGCUGGUCGCCAGACCUGA